AUGGCGGCGCGGGCAGGCUUCCAGUCGGUGGCUCCCGGCGGCGGCGGCGGCGGUGGCGGUGGCGGUGGCGGGGCCGCUGCCGGGGCUGGCGCGCUGGGUCCGGGCACGCCGGGCGGGCCGGUACGCAUGGGCCCGGCGCCGGGCCAGGGCCUGUAUCGUUCGCCGUUACCGGGAGCCGCUUACCCGCGCCCCGGGAUGUUACCGGGCAGCCGUUUGGCGCCGCAGGGCCCCUCCAUGGGGCCGCCCGGUUACGGCGGGAGCCCGGCGGUGCGACCCGGUAUGGCGCAGGCCAGCCUGGAGCAGGCUCGCAAGAGGCCUGCGCCGCAGCAGCUCCAGCAGGUGCAGCCGCAGGCGGUGCCCAACCGCAACCACAAUGCCAAGAAGAAGAAGAUGGCUGACAAGAUCCUGCCUCAGAGGAUCCGAGAGCUGGUCCCUGAGUCCCAGGCCUACAUGGACCUGUUGGCCUUUGAGAGGAAGCUGGACCAGACCAUCAUGAGGAAGCGCCUGGACAUCCAGGAGGCUCUCAAGCGUCCCAUCAAGCAAAAGAGGAAGCUUCGCAUCUUCAUCUCCAACACCUUCAACCCAGCCAAGUCGGACGCAGAGGACGGCGAAGGAACUGUUGCCUCCUGGGAGCUGCGGGUGGAAGGGAGGCUGCUGGAGGAUUCUGCUCUUUCCAAGUACGAUGCCACCAAGCAGAAAAGAAAGUUCUCCUCCUUCUUUAAGUCUCUGGUCAUUGAGCUUGACAAAGACCUCUAUGGGCCUGACAAUCACCUGGUAGAGUGGCACAGGACUGCCACGACUCAGGAGACAGAUGGCUUCCAGGUGAAGAGGCCAGGGGACGUCAACGUGCGCUGCACAGUGCUCCUGAUGCUGGACUACCAGCCUCCCCAGUUCAAGCUGGACCCUCGCUUGGCUCGGCUGCUGGGGAUCCACACGCAGACCCGCCCGGUCAUCAUCCAGGCCCUCUGGCAGUACAUCAAGACCCACAAGCUGCAGGACCCCCACGAGAGGGAGUUUGUCAUCUGUGACAAGUACCUGCAGCAGAUUUUUGAAUCCCAACGGAUGAAGUUCUCAGAAAUCCCACAGAGGCUUCAUGCACUGCUGAUGCCCCCAGAGCCCAUCAUCAUCAACCAUGUCAUCAGUGUGGAUCCAAACGACCAGAAGAAGACAGCUUGCUAUGACAUUGAUGUGGAGGUGGAUGACACCUUAAAGACUCAGAUGAAUUCCUUUCUGCUUUCCACUGCCAGCCAACAGGAAAUUGCUGCUCUGGAUAACAAGAUCCACGAGACAAUAGAGACAAUUAACCAGCUGAAGACCCAGCGGGAGUUCAUGCUGAGCUUUGCCCGAGAUCCUCAGGGCUUCAUCAACGACUGGCUGCAGUCCCAGUGCAGGGACUUAAAGACCAUGACUGAUGUCGUUGGGAAUCCUGAAGAGGAGAGGAGAGCUGAGUUCUACUUCCAGCCCUGGGCUCAGGAAGCUGUCUGCAGAUAUUUCUACUCCAAGGUGCAGCAAAGACGACAGGAGCUGGAGCAGGCCCUGGGCAUCCGUAACACAUAGGCUGCCUCUCUGCUGCCCAGCCAGGAGGCAUCACAGCUGCUUGUGGAGGCAGAGCUGAGGCUGACAUCAUCCCACUCCAACGAGGUCUGCAUCCUGAUCCAUCCUGGCAUUGUCUCAGCUGGGGCAACUCCAGGGACCCCUGGGAUCUCCUGGGCUGUACCAUGCAGGACAGGUUCCAAGGAACACACAUUUCUACCUGAUUUUACUUCCUGACUGUUGCCUUGCCAGGGCUCUGCACUGCCUGUAGUGUCCCCUGUAGCCAGCACCACUGCUGACCUGAAGCCUUUUCUCCAGUUCAGAAGCCCCAGCCCCUUCCCUCCCCAGCUAGCACUUAGCUGUGGGGCACCUGAGACCUGGAGCUGCUCUAGGGGGGGAACUUGUGGGGCUGGGCUCUUCUCCUGCAUCAUUUGAUAGCAAGAUGGCAGGAGCUGAGAUACCUCCUUGCCCUCCCUCCCUCAGGGGGUGCUGCUGCACUGGGCUGCCUCAGGGCUGCUCCUUGAGGGAUUCCUGGGCUGCCUAGAGAAUUGCUUCUUUCCCUCUGCCCUUCUGCUUUCCCUCCUCUUUGCCCCUUCUCCUUUUCCUUCUCUUUGCCCCUUCUCCUUUUCCCCCCUCUUUGCCCCUUCUCCUUUUCCCCCCUCUUUGCCCCUUCUCUUCCUCCCCCCCUUUGCCCCUUCUCCUUUUCCCCCCUCUUUGCCCCUUCUCCUUUCCCCCUCUCUUUGCCCCUUCUCCUUUUCCCCCCUCUUUGCCCCUUCUCUUUUCUCCCCUCUUUGCCCCUUCUCCUUUCCCCCCCUCUUUGCCCCUUCUCCUUUUCCCCCCCCCUUUGCCCCUUCUCCUUUCCCCCCCCCUUUGCCCCUUCUCCU